AUCAAGGGAGUGAAUGGGUCCUGCACGCAAAGCAGAAACGCGCUGAAACUGCGGAGAUUUACUUUGGUUCACACACGGUGAAGCAGCAGCAGGAGGAGGUGUCGGCUUUACAAGACCUGCGAAACUCUCUGCUGGGAGAUCAGUUUUAAUGAUUCCUCGUUCUGAUUGAGAUUUUUUUUUUUUUUUUUUGUCUGAGUUUAUUUGUUUGCCUGUUUUACUUUAUUUAUGUGCUUGCGCCUGUUGAGUGCUCCAGCUGAUGCUGAGCUGAAUAAGCGCGCCUGACGCAGUAAACGUAGCCACACAGAGAGAUGAGCACGGCGCAUCUCUCUACCAGAAGAGAGGAGAGGGUUCCCUAAUUUGGAGUUCGGACGAAUGGAUUUAACUUUUCAGGCUUCUUUGGUGUUCCACUAAAGCCUUCCUAGCGUCUCUAUUCGCCUCUUUUUUAAAACUCGCAUACUGAUCUUUAAUUCUGUUACUGCGUAUGUGCGCAACAAAUGAAAUUGGAGUUUGUUUCUUUUAGCGCGUUUUUCUCCCUUUUCUUUUUUUUAAAGGAAAUGUUUCCCAUCUCUGAACGGAUAACGGACCUCUAACGAGGACUUGUCUUCUCGGCACAUAUGUGGACCCUAUUCAGGAUGUUACAGUCUAAACGGCCCAGGCAUCAUUGGGCCACGGUACGCCACAGCCACCACAUAACACCACACAGCUGGGCUGCGUCCUGCUGCGUUUAGGAGUUUUCCGAGCUUCAACCUCUUUUUAGGCGGAGGAAAACAUUUACACACAAAAAAAAUUAAAAGAAAAAGAAAAAACGCCAACUUGUUUUGGUGAACAUUGACAUUGGCUUUAGGAGUCUCACCUCUGGGCUACUAUGCAAUUGCAACUGAUCUCCUUUGUUCUGAUCAUCUGGAACUGCAUGGAUUACUCUGGUUGUCAGCCGCACAGCAGCUCCAGGCACCGGCAGCACAAAGCGAUGACCGGUGGCAGCUCGGGGUGCCAGCAGAGUGGCUGCCUGACCUGCUCGGACUACAAUGGCUGUCUGUCCUGCAAGCCUCGUCUCUUCAUGCAUUUGGAGAGGAUCGGGAUGAAACAAAUCGGGGUGUGCAUGACUUCCUGUCCUCCUGGCUUUUACGGCACCCGGUCCCCUGAGAGAAACACCUGUACGAAGUGCAGGUCGGAGUGUGACUCGUGCUUUAACAAGAACUUCUGCACACGCUGCCGAAUGGGGUUCUACCUUCACCUGGGCAAGUGCCUGGACAGCUGCCCUGUAGGCAUGGUCCACAGUGAUGCACAGAGGGAGUGCAUUCUCAGAUGCUCUGCGGAGUGUGAGUCAUGUGUGAACAGUGACACAUGCACCCGGUGCCGGCCUGGCCUUUAUCAGAUGAAUGGAAGGUGCCACCUUAUCUGUCCAGAUGACUAUGAGCCCAAUGACAAACUAAUGGAGUGCACACCACAAGUGCACUGCGAGGUGGGCGAGUGGAGUGAGUGGAGCCCCUGCUCUCGGUCAGGCAGAACCUGCGGCUUCAGACGGGGCCAGGAGACCCGCACAAGGCAGGUCCUGCAGUAUCCAUCUCCGUUUGGCAAUCCCUGCCCAGAGAUCUCUGAGGUCAAAGAGUGUCUGGUCAAGAAAAAGAGAUGUCCAGGAACACGGAGGAAGUCCGACCGAAAAGAGAGGAGGAAUCGCAAUAACCGCAAGGACAAGGAGAGCCAGGAGGGACGGAGGGAGAGAAAGCGAGAGCGGGAUGCGGGUGAACGGGAAGACUCUGAUAACAGGAACAAAACGGAGAACCGACACCGGAGAGGCCACGACUCACAGACAAUCCCUCCUGAAGACGGCCUCGUGCAAUAAAGCUGGGGACAGACGACGACCGACCCCCACCCCUCUGGUUGUCUCCCCUUCCUUCCUGCUCCAUGACAUCCCAACCCUUCCUUCCCCCGCCCACUUUCUCUCCCCUUUUUGACCCCUCCUUACAGGGGUGUUGCUGCUACUUGUAUGGUUUCAACAGACCGUUAUUACAUCAGCGUUAUUCAUGGACUGUAAGCCCUUUUGAUCUCAAAGACUGCAUCACCGUUCAAAGUGUCUCACGUGAAAGCUUUACGGAGACACUGAUGUCUGGAAACUGGGAAUACUCUGUGACUACAGAGGACUGUCAGACAAACUGACUAAGAUGGAGACAUAUGUGCUUGUUCAUACGGUUAUUUAAUGGGACUUUGGUACAACGAUGUGUAUCUUUGGUUCCAAACGUAGAUUGAUUUUACAGCAUCACAGUGCUUCGCAAAAGUAUUUACAUCCAUUGAACAUUUUUUUUAUUGCUUUACAACCAUAAACUUCAAUGUAUUUUACAGAUAUUUUAUUUGCUAGACCAACAUAAAGUGGUGCAAAUUGUGAAAUGAAAAAAAAAUCUAUGAUUUUAUCUUUUUUCUACAAAUAAAAAUUUGAAUAGUGCGACUUGCAUUCAACCCCCUUUAACCUAAUAUGUGUCACAUCAGUCUCCAAUUGUUGCUUUGUCCAUAAGCAACAAUACAUUUCUUUGGACAAGAUAUUGUCCAAAAUAAUGUAUUGCUUCAGAUGUCACCUGAUUUGUAAAUAAACUCAAGGUUUUUAAUAACUUAGUCUGAUUAUAACACAGGAAUAGGUUAUAAUAAAGUUUGUUAGAGGACAUUAGUGAACAAAGAGCAUCAGGAAGACCAAGGGGCACAGCAAGCCGGUCAGGAAUAAAGUCGUAGAGGCUUUUAAAGUAGUGUUAGGUUCCAAAACAGUAAACCAAUCUUUAAAAAUCACAUGACACACUGUUUAGUUUGGCAUCAUAAACUUACAAAAGUACAGAAACACUGCAAAUCCACCAAGAUUUGGGAGUCUAUGUUAACUGAUAGGACACCCAGAUGUUGGGUGUCCUAUCAGAAAAGGAGUACUGUACACAAAUAUAAGGCGCAGUCAAGAGGACAAAGGUAACUCCAAGAAUCUAUCUUAAUGGAUACGUGUCAAGAAGAAAACACUUGUUGAAACAAAGCAAUGAGGAGUCCUGUUUACCACAAACCUCUAGCCAUGUUAGGUACAGAACACGUCUGUGGUAGAAGGUGCUCUGGUUGGAUGUGAUCAAAGUUAUAUGUUUUUAGCACAUUACUUUUUACUUCACAACUAUUUACCACUUGUUGGACUGUCCCUUAAGAUCCAAAUGAAAUAUCUGGACGUUUGUGCUUGUGACUCAGCAAAAUGUAAAACAAAAUUUAAAAAGUUCAAAGUGCGUAAAUACUUCUGCAAGAAACUGUGUGUAGAACAGUUUAUUAUUAUUGUUGUACUUGUUGUGUAGAUCUAUCUGGUGCAAAUUUUGUAAAGAACAAAAAUAUAAGUAUUAGCUCUUGCCAGCUUCAUACUGACACAAAGCUGAGUGCCGUGUCCAAAACUGAAAUAUGUACAUCUGGGAUGAAAACAAAGUUUAUCCAAAGAAGUGCUAAAUCUUCCGGAGCACUAUUUUUUUUCUCCCCUCCUUUUGUGUAAAUAGAUUCUGUGCUCCAAAUAAAUCUCAUCAACCAGAACAAAAAAAAAAAAAAACUGUAUGUAAAAUAAAGCUGUAAUGGUUUCUA